ACUCUAUCUAUGUCGCUGUGCUAUCCCGUCGCUGCACUACUUAAACAAAUGACCCUGUAUCUCUGCGAGCGUGCUCUGCAGAGUCAGCGGUGCCGGUGCGGGGGCUAUACUGCUUUAAAAUGAGAAAGGAGAGCAGGCUAAUCCGGUGGAUUUGGAGGAUUGUGUUUGUGACAGUUUUUUUGUUGCUGGGCUUCAUCAUAGGAUGGUUUGCAAAGCCCACUACAAACACUACAAAUCAGAUUCCUUCCAGCAAGUAUCUAAGGGAGUUUCUGGAUGAAAUGCAGUCGGACCGGAUCAGAGAGCAUCUCAGGAAAUUUACACGACUCCCCCACCUGGCUGGUACAGAGCAGAAUCUGAGAUAUGCAGAGCAGAUCAGGAAAGAGUGGCUGGAGUUUGGAGUGGACUCAGUGGAGAUGGUGCCCUAUGACGUCCUGUUGUCCUAUCCCAACAAAUCACAGCCGAACUACAUCUCAAUAGUUGAUCAGCUUGGCAGUGAGGUUUUUAACACUUCCUUGGCUGAGCCAGUUCCAGCGGGUUACGAAGAUGUUUCUAACAUUGUGCCUCCAUACAGUGCCUUCUCUGCCAAAGGACAACCUGAGGGGGAUUUGGUGUAUGUUAACUAUGGUCGAACUGAAGACUUUUUCCAGUUAGAGAGGGAGAUGAAAAUCAAUGUCACUGGCAAGAUUGUCAUCGUCAGAUAUGGAAAAAUAUUCAGAGGCAAUAAGGUGAAAAACGCCAUGUUAGCCGGAGCAAAGGGAAUCAUUAUGUUCUCAGAUCCAGCAGACUACUGGGCUGCUGGAGUCCAGCCUUACCCUGAUGGCUGGAACUUACCCGGUGGAGGAGCUCAGAGAGGGAAUGUUCUCAACCUGAAUGGAGCAGGAGACCCACUCACACCAGGGUACCCUGCUAAAGAAUACACCUACAGAUUCAGCCUUGAGGACGCAGUGGGACUUCCCAAGAUUCCUGUGCAUCCAAUUGGCUUCCAUGAUGCAAUUCACCUGCUCAAGAACAUGGGAGGACCGAUUCCACCCAACAACUGGAAAGGAGCCCUGAAUGUCUCCUACAAGAUUGGUCCAGGCUUUACAGAUGACUUCAGGAGCCAGAAGGUGCGUAUGAACAUCCACACUAACAACCAGGUUACCAGAAUCUAUAACGUCAUUGGCAGGAUUAGAGGAGCUCUGGAGCCAGACAGGUAUGUGAUUCUGGGAGGGCACCGGGAUGCCUGGGUGUUUGGAGGAAUUGAUCCCAUGUCUGGUGCUGCAGUGGUCCAUGAAACUGUCAGGAGCGCUGGCAGGCUGCUCAGUAAAGGGUGGAGGCCUAGGAGGACUUUAAUAUUUGCCAGCUGGGAUGCAGAGGAGUUUGGAUUGCAGGGAUCUACAGAAUGGGCGGAGGACAAUGCCAAGUUGCUGCAGGAGAGAGCUGUGGCCUACAUUAAUGCUGACUCUGCCAUGGAGGGGAUGUACACACUGAGGGUUGACUGCACUCCAUCUCUACACACUUUAGUGUACGACCUUACCAAGCAGAUAGCUAGUCCAGAAGAAGGAGAGGAAGGUGUUUCUCUGUAUGAUAGUUGGCAUAAGAGGGACAACUGGACAAAUGACCGCGAUGCACCCAGGAUCAAUAAGCUCGGGUCAGGCAGUGAUUUUGAGGCCUAUUUUAUCCGUCUGGGAAUUGCUGCAGGCAGAGCCAGAUACACCAAGAACAAGAUAACAGAGCGGUACAGCAGUUAUCCAGUCUAUCACAGUGUGUAUGAAACCUUUGAAAUAGUGGAGAAGUUUUACGACCCCUCCUUCAAGAGGCUUCAGGCAGUGGCCCAGGUAAGAGCCGGGCUCAUCUUCCUAUUGGCCGAUUCUCUGCUCCUCCCUCUCGAUGUCAACCAGUAUGCAGAUUCACUGGGGAAAUAUGCACAGAGCAUCACACAGCUGGCACAGAGACAUCCAGAGGAGAUGAAGAUGUACGAUGUGUCGUUUGAUUCCUUGUUUUCUGCUGUUGAGAACUUCACCAUUGCAGCCAGGGACUUCCAUGAGCGCCUGCAGACUCUCAACAGAGAAGAUCCUCUGCAGGUACGUGCAACGAAUGAUCAGCUCAUGUACCUGGAGAGAGCCUUCAUAGACCCCCUGGGCCUACCUGGCAGACCCUUUUACAGGCAUGUGAUUUUUGCUCCCAGCAGCCAUAAUAAAUAUGCAGGGGAGUCUUUCCCUGGGAUCUAUGAUGCAUUGUUUGACAUCAAGAACUCCGCUGAUCCAGAAAAGGCAUGGGAGGAAGUCAAGCGUCAAAUCAGCAUCGCAGCAUUCACCGUUCAUUCUGCUGCCAUGACACUAACACCACCUGCAUGAAGCUGCUAAAGUUAUGUGAUUGAGCUAUCUAUUGACAAUUAUUUUAAAACAUCAGAAUGGGAAGAACGGGAACAUGCCACCUGCGACACACACAGAGAUGGACAAUCCUUGUUUUCUGAACCAGUCAUGUUCCAGAACGUCCAGAGCUCAGUAAUACAGUGAAUCUCUGAGUGCCAUUACAAGAUCUUAAUGAUUUGUUAUGAAGAUACAGUAAAGUAAUAGUUUACGUUUUUAAUUGUUUGUUCUUGUUUUUUAAUAAUAGUCUGCAAGUGAGCCAAAUAAAAUCAAUCCAUCCUUGGCAGUUAAACUACUGAUAACCUGUCCAUGUUGGUCUGACCAUAACAAUACCGUCCAUGUUGAUAUUCUUUAAUAAAUGACUUUCUUUAAAGACACAAAUUACUUUUGCGCACACCAAGAAAAUACAACAAAAUGUAAUGAUAAACAGGCAUUAAACCAGAUUGAAGCAGAUGUGUUAUAUCUGUUGUCCGAGUACUACAGCUCUGUCUUAUGUUGAUUUUUCAAUUUCAGGAUUAAAACAUGAACUUUUUACAGGUUACUAAAGAGAGGCAUGUAAAGCCCAGGAAUAAAAGAGUUAUGUAUGACAUGCACAAAGCUCACAGGCCAUACUUAAACAUGGCUGCCGGCCGCAGUGUUUUUAUUUUAACACUACCACAGGAGGGCAUCAGUCAUAACUUUCCAAUCAUGUGGCUUUAAAUCAUUUAAACUAUACUUUAUUCCGAGAACUUGGUUUUACUAUCACUAUAAAGGAAUAUGUUCAUUUACUCGGUUAAUUUAUCUUUGAUCUCACUCAAACACCACACUGAGUAGUAGUUUUACGGAUAUACUGUAUGUGAGAUUAACAUUGCUGUCAGAUUAAGCAGAACACAACAAGUUCACAAACGGACAUUACUGUGCGUGCAACACACAGGAAGUGAGCUAGAGUGAAUCUAUCUGGCAG